AUGGAGAAGUAUCGUGGAAUGAUGAAAAUGUCUUCUUCCACUGAGACACAUCAAGUGUUCUUGAACUACCGAGGAGAGGAACUGCGUUACAGCUUCGUGAGUCAUCUCAUUGAUGCCUUUGAAAGGCGUGGAAUCGACUUCUUCGUAGACAAAUACGAGCAGAGAGGUAAAGAUCUUAAAAAUCUCUUUGUAAGGAUUCAGCAGUCGAGGAUCGCGCUUGCCAUAUUCUCUACCAGUUCUGAAGCUGGUUUUGUCAAAAAAAUUGUAAAGGAGGUUCAGAGAGUUGUAGCAGCAGUUGGAAUCGAUGGAAAAGAAAAUGAUUUUGCUAAUCAUUUUGGGGAAAAAAGGAAAAAGGAUUGCAAUUGCAAAUGUGAGCAAUCCAUUUUCAAGAGGUGCAAAAACCCAAAAAGAUGUGACAUCUCCAUUGUGAAAUUGACUCUAGAAGUCUACUAA